AUGGAUAAGAAGAAGCAGCACUUUGUUAUGGUGCAUGGGGUGGGGCAUGGUGCAUGGUGUUGGUUCAAACUGCAGCAUCUCCUGGAUAGCUCCGGCCACAAAGUAUCUUGCUUAGACCUCGCUGGGGCCGGAAUCAGCACCAAGGAUCCAAACUCCAUUCUUUCCUUUGAUGAAUACCAUCAACCUCUCUAUGAUUUCAUGUCUGCUUUGCCACUUGAUGAAAAGGUGGUUUUAGUGGCGCAUAGUGCAGGAGGGCUUAAUGUUACAAAGGCCAUGCAUGAAUUCAGCAACAAGAUCUCACUUGCCAUCUUCAUUGCUGCAACAAUGCUCCCAUCAGGCUUUGUAUCUGAUCAAGACCUCAUUGAUGGAAUACCAAACUUAUCUGAAUUCGGAGAUGUAUAUAAACUAGAAUUCAGUUUAGGACCUGAGAAUCCCCCAACAAGCAUCGGUCUGAAGAAGGAAUUCCAGAGAAGAAUCUUAUAUCAAAUGAGCCCGAAAGAGGAUUCAUCACUGGCAUCUAUGCUGUUGAGGCCAUGGCCAUAUGCAAUAUCAAAAGCAAGAUUCGGAAGAGACAAAGAAAUUGAUGUGAAGAAUGUGAGAAGAGUGUAUAUAAAGACAAUGUAUGAUAAUAUGAUGAAGCCUGAACAACAGGAUGCAAUGAUCAGAAGAUGGCCUCCAAAUGAAGUGAUGAUCAUCAACACUGAUCACAGCCCUUUCUUCUCUGCUUCUCAUGAGCUCUUCAAUCUGAUAAUCAAAGCUUCAAGCUCUUGUUAA